UGCUGACUUUUUCUUUGGCUGGGUGUAUUUCCACUUCGUGCUGAGGUCACCAAAAGUUUACUUUACUUCAACCCUGCUUUCUUUCAGCCUCACUUUGCUCUUCUGUCAGACAGAGACAGAGACCAGUUUUGGGUGAAAUACACGUCAAAGUGUGAAGUGACGCACAACUAUGGCUUCGCAAGGUUUGUCCUCAAAUGAUGAGGUCAAGCUCAACGGGGAUGUGCAGACCGAGACACCCGAGGAGAUCGUGGACGGGGUGAAAAGCUCGAAAAAGAACAAAAGGAAAAAGAAGGGAGGUCAAGGUGACAAGGCUGACCAGACACUACUAGAGAAAAAGACAGGUGCGGAAAAUUUGGAAAUUGCAACGACUGAAGGAGCCACGUCGACGGAACAAUCAGCGGAACAGCCAGUAAUCUACAUGGAGGAGUUACGAAAGGCUAUGCAAAUAAUGAAACUGCAACCCAGACCUCCAAGAACAUCUGAAGAGGCAUUGGAAAAACGAUUCGAUUUUUGGUCAACACAGCCUGUGCCCAAACUCGACGAGAACGUGACUUCCAAUGAACCGAUUGAACUUAACCUGCCAAAUGACCAAAUUCGACAGGAGGCUUAUACACUCCCCGAUGGCUUCGUUUGGGACACAAUGGAUUUGGAAGAUGCGAAAGUGUUGAAGGAGUUGUACACAUUGUUAAAUGAGAAUUACGUGGAAGAUGACGAUUGUCUAUUUAGAUUUGACUAUCCACCAGAAUUUUUGAAAUGGGCGCUAAAACCCCCUGGAUGGAAAUUGGAUUGGCACUGUGGUGUACGCGUAGCAAAAAAUCGAAAGUUAGUCGGGUUCAUUUCUGCAAUUCCAGCCUCUGUUGGAAUUCAUGACCGACAAGUGGAAAUUGUGGAAAUCAAUUUCCUGUGCGUUCAUAAAAAACUACGAUCAAAGAGGGUAGCUCCUGUCUUAAUUAGGGAAAUUACUAGAAGGGUCAAUUUGAAUGGCAUUUUCCAAGCGGUGUAUACCGCCGGUGUGGUUCUUCCGAAACCAAUUACCACUUGUCGAUAUUGGCAUCGAUCCCUGAACCCCAAGAAACUAAUUGAAACCAAGUUUUCGCACUUGACCCGAAACAUGACACUCCAGCGAACCAUUAAACUAUAUAAACUUCCAAUGCAACCCAAGUGCAAUCUUCUUCGCCCACUAACGAAAGCUGAUAUUCCAGGUGCUUGUGAAUUAUUGGGUGCAUAUCUUCAAAAAUUUAAGUUGCGCCCAGAGUUCAGCUGUGACGACUUUGAACAUUGGUUCCUUCCUCGAACCGACAUUAUUGAUUCAUUUGUAGUUGAGAAGGAUGGAAAAAUAACUGACAUGAUAAGCUAUUACACCUUGCCAUCCACCGUGGUCAACAACCCUGUUCACAAAUCAAUCAAAGCAGCCUAUGCUUUCUACAAUGUUGCAACAACAAUGAGUUUGCAAGACCUCAUAUUGGAUGCGUUGGUGUUGGCAAAAAACAGUGGAUUUGAUGUGUUCAAUGCAUUGGACCUGAUGGACAAUAAGCAGUUUCUAGAAAAUCUCAAGUUUGGAGUUGGGGAUGGAAAUCUUCAAUACUAUUUGUACAAUUGGCGAUGCCCAAGUGUAAGCCCUCAAGAUAUAGGACUUGUCCUACAGUAAUGGAUGUGCCAUUUGGAUAUUUUUCAAUAACAAAACAACAACCGGCUUACAAUUAUUCAAUCCUAAAAUUACAUAAAACAACCGAAAGUCAGAGCAGUUGAUAUUCUUCAUGAACCAGUCCAUAGUCAUUUUUUCCAUUGGUUUAGUAUUUUUACAAUCGCAAUUCUUGUAUUCUGCUAUGAUACUAAUGAUACAUAACAUGUAUGUAUGUAUACGGUUACCUCAAGUUAAUUCUUCAGCAUUUUACAAUAACUUUCAAUACAAAAUUAAGUCGUCUCCCCCUCUCUUUGUUAUGGUUUUAAAUUCAUUAAGUUAUCCAAUUUAUUAAAUAGAUUUUUAUAAGUAGAUUUUCUACCAUUUCCCGGUUAAUUGCUAUUAUGUUGUUUUCUGAAUUGUUACUAUUUGCUUCACUGAUUCUAUUCUGCACAUAUUUCGCUUUACCACACUAAAAAGAAUAUAAAGUUGAAAGAUUUAGUUUGGUUCCCUAAUAACCUAGUUGGUUAUUAUUAGGUUGCUUGAACAUUUAAUUAAACAAAAGUAGCCUCCAAUUCGGUAGGUUCGGUCGUUGCGUUCGUCAACAUUGUAUUAUAAUGUUUUGUUUUCAUGAAAUAAAGGUUGUAUGCUUCAAAAUAAAUGAAUAAUCUACAAUA